AUGCGGGGACAUGUGAUCGAGAAGGUCUCCUUUGCGCCACCAGAGCCGGUGACGUCCGCAGGGGAGACUCAGAGCCCCCUGAGGAACUACAUGAACCUGCCUCCAGACAAAGUCCAGCUGCUGAGCCAGUAUGACAACGAGAAGAAGUGGGAGCUCAUCUGUGACCAGAUGCUGCAGUCAACCAACAACCCCAAGGCAACCGGUUCCCAUGGGGGGCAGGCUCUAGAACCCCUGCCUCCUGGUGCUGCGGCUUGCCAUCCCGUGGCUCACCGGCUGCCCCUACCCCUCCAGCUUCUGGGGCCGCUGUCCAUGGUGGCAGGGAGGACUCCUGUCCCACUGCUGGGGCAGGGAGCGGUUUCAAGUCAAGCACCCCACUCAGCCUAUAUCCAGAAGCUGAAGAGUUACCUGGAAACUGGUGGUGUCAGCCGAAAGUUUAAGAGGAGAGUUCAGGAGUCCACACAGGUGCUGCGGGAGCUGGAGAUCUCCCUGAGGACAAACCACAUUGGGUAUGACAUGGACAGCACAGACAAUGGGGUCCCUGGAUCAGAGAAGAGCAAGCCCCUGGAGCAGUCAGUGGAAGACCUCAGCAAGGGUUCACCCUCAUCCUUGCCACCACAGCCCAAGAGUCGCCACCUGACCAUCAGGCUGACCCCAGCCCACAGCAGGAAGGCCCUGAGGAAUUCCCGUAUUGUCAGCCAGAAGGACGACGUCCACGUCUGCAUCAUGUGCUUGCGUGCCAUCAUGAACUACCAGUCUGGCUUCAGCCUCGUCAUGAACCACCCAGCCUGUGUCAAUGAGAUUGCUCUGAGCCUCAACAACAAGAACCCCCGAACCAAGGCUCUGGUGCUGGAGCUGCUGGCAGCUGUGUGCCUGGUGAGGGGAGGACACGACAUCAUCCUUGCAGCCUUUGACAACUUCAAGGAGGUGUGUGGGGAGCAGCACCGCUUUGAAAAGCUGAUGGAAUAUUUCCAUAAUGAGGACAGCAACAUCGACUUCAUGAUGAGCUCAGGGGCCCAGCCUGGGCUGGGUCACUCUCAGGUGGCCUGCAUGCAAUUCAUCAACAUUCUGGUCCACUCGGUGGAGAACAAGAACUUCCGUGUCUUCCUGCAAUAUGAGUUUACCCACCUCCGCCUGGAUCUAUACUUGGAGAGGCUGCGGCUCACAGAGAGUGACAAGCUGCAGGUGCAGAUUCAGGCAUACCUGGACAAUAUUUUCGAUGUGGGCGCCCUGCUGGAAGACACUGAGACCAAGAAUGCUGUGCUGGAACACAUGGAGGAACUGCAGGAGCAGGUGGCCCUGCUGACAGAGCGGCUUCGGGACGCGGAGAACGAAUCCAUGGCCAAGAUCGCGGAGCUUGAAAAGCAGCUAAGCCAGGCCAGAAAGGAGUUGGAGACCCUGCGGGAGCGCUUCAGCGAGUCGACCCCCAUGGGCGCAUCCAGGCGCCCCUCUGAGCCUGAGAAAAUGCCUGCUCCCCACCCGGCGCGACCUUCGGCCCUUGAGGUGAAGAUGGAGGAGCUGGAGGAGAAGGGGUUAAUCCGUAUCCUGCGGGGGCCUGGAGAUGCUGUUUCCAUCGAGAUCCUCCCGGUCGCUGUGGCAACUCCGAGCGGCGGUGAUGCGCCGACUCCGGGGCUGCCUAUGGGCUCCCCGAGCGCAGAUCUCCCAUCUGCAGCGGAACCAGUUUCCGGAGCAGCACCUCCACCGCCACCUCCACCGCCCCCACUGCCCAGCCUCUCCAACCAGCAGGAAGCACCGCCCUUGGCGCCUCCACUGGCCUCGCCCCUCCCAGGCACCCCGGAUCCGCCGCCCCCACCUCCGCUGCCGGGAGGGGUGCCACCACCCCCGCCGCCGCCCCCGCCGCCUUCAGGUGCAGAUGGACCGGUGCCUCCACCGCCCCCACCGCCUCCGGGUGGUCCCUCUGAUGCCCUUGUAGGGCCCGGCCCAGAGAUGGGCCCAGGCGUGAAGGCCAAGAAACCCAUCCAGACCAAGUUCAGAAUGCCACUCUUAAACUGGGUGGCUCUGAAACCCAGCCAGAUCACGGGUACUGUCUUCACUGAGCUCAAUGAUGAGAAGGUGCUACAGGAGCUGGACAUGAGUGACUUUGAGGAGCAAUUCAAGACUAAGUCCCAAGGUCCCAGUCUGGACCUCAACGCUCUCAAGGGUAAGGCAGCCCAGAAGGCCCCCAGCAAGGCCACCCUCAUUGAGGCCAACCGGGCCAAAAAUCUGGCCAUCACCCUGCGCAAGGGCAACCUGGGGGCCAACCGCAUCUGCCAAGCUAUUAAGACGUUACAAGGCAAAUGCCAGAACAAGAGCUCAGAGAACAAAUGUCUGGCUGUAAGAGAAUGCCGCAGCAACAUCAGAAACAGCUGAUGACUCUGAAAGAUAAGCUAAAGGCUGAGAUGGAUGAGCAUUGCCUCAGAUUAGAGAAAGAUCUUGAAACAGUGUAACAACUUUGCUGCAAAAAUGAAGAAACUGAUCAAGAAACAUCAGGCUGCUGUGGAAAAAGAGUAUCUGUGAAAAUCAGACUAGUGUCUACAAGCUUUCAAACUGAGAAGGCUGCCACAACAGGGAACCAAAAUGAAGGGUUAAACAGUAAACAACUCACCUAUUCCAAGCCCCAGAGAAAUGAAGUCCUAUCAGAUUUAUGGUCUGACCAAAGAAAACUAAACAAGCUUUCAGUUCGGUUUACUUCUGGGUGCUGCUCACUUUAAAACUGUAAUUCAUUUUAUAGACAUGCUUUAAAUAUCUUUUGGUGAGAACCUCUACUAUGUAACCGCUACAAAGACAAAAUAAAUCUGGAAAAUCAUUAUGAAUUCUGAUUGUGAUAAGCAUUAACUAAUGACGGUUAUGAGGGUAGUCAAUGUACGAGCCACUCUGUAAAUGAUGUUCAUUAGCUGUUUUGAAGAUACAGCAAAGUAUAAAAUUUUACUUAGAUUCACAAGAAAGGGUAAAUCUUAGCUUUGCUUCUGUGUUUUGUUCAGGACAACUUGUAUGAAUGGAGUUGAAUAGGAAUCAGAGAUACCACUAGACUGCAACAGAAAUGUGAUUAGGCCAAAGGGAAGGAUGCACUUGACAGAUUCUUCCUAUCACUUUCAAUAAUGUCAGUAUACAAAAUGGACCAG